CUGUAAUCGACAAACAUGAAUAAAGUGAUUUUGUUAACAUUUUUGGUUGUUGCAUUUGUUGCUGUUAUUAGCGAAGCAAAAGGAACAAAAGCUCCGAAGCAAGAAGGAGAAGGAGGAGGCACAGAACCAACUGGUGAUUCCAUUCCAAAAGGUCCAAAGAGACAAGGAGGUGGUAAAGGAGGUAAAAGAUCAAAGCCAACAAAAUCUCUACCAGUUUCACCAGGGGAGAAAUAAGGCACAAUGUCUUUAAGUUCUUAAUAAAAAUAAUUAGCCAUCAAUUGAUCGUCAUGUUCUCCUUUAAAUGCUACAAAAAUAAUAAAGUUUCGAG